GUCGAGGAGAAGGAGCAUGGCGGUCAAGGACGACCGCUACCAGCGCGCUCUCGAGCGCAUCAAGCCGCGCAGCCCGACGCUCUUGACAGGGGCCUGUCGACUUCCGGCCGUGCAUGUCGAUGGCCGCCCCGCCUACCUGGCGUCUCCGAGCGCGCAGACGAUGGCACCAGGCCGGUACGAAGCCGUCGAGGUCGACCCGGCGUGGCAGGACGAUCUCCAGCGCGCUGUCGCGCCGCUCGUAGCUCACGACGACGUUGGAUUCCGCAUCUCCCUCGGUCAUCUCGUCGUCUCCCCAGUCGACGCACCUCUCGACGCGAUGAAGCCCGGGAAGCGCAGCAAGCGCUUCGGGACCCUUAUCGUCGAGCUUAUUGGCCCCGAGAACGAGACGUGGACCGUUCACUCGAGCGGAAUCUCGCACGCGUGGGCUGCCGGUCCUUUACGCUGGUAUGCCGUCUUUGGCUUCGCGACGCCGUCGGUGCAACACCACGGGUCCCGGACAGGCCGUCGCAUCGCGCUCGUGUACAACCUCGUGGCGCAGCGGGACGGACUGCCACCGACGCCCGUCAAGAACACGGACGCCGUUCGCGCGUUCCAGAAGCUGGCUCGCACGCGUCGUGACGAGGACCCGUGCGUCCUGUACGUGCGCCAAGGAUCCGGAUACAACACGUCGGCCCUCGACGAGGACCUCGUCGACAUCAUUGCGGGCUCGAAAAAGUACGAUAUGGUCGAAGCGCAGACGACCGUCGUCAAAGGCAGCCUCAUCGUGACGCGGGCGACGAGCUUUCGGCGACACUUGCCGAAACUGCUCCUCAACAGCCUCCAGGGCCGCGUUCUCACUCGCUGGUUUGGCGCCGAUCCAGAUGACGAAGCACCACUGUACGUCGUUCUGUGGCCGUGCACAGCGCGUUGGCGUCUUCUGAGUAUCACGAACGUGCUGCAUGCGUUGGCGACGAACCGGGGUCAGCUCCACGGGCUUCUCGAAGGCCCCCGUCGCUCGCCAAAAGACGCACUGCCUCUUCUCGUCAAGGUUCUCGUGGACACGUAUGACAUCUCCCCGAGCAUCCAGGCGCACCUCUGUCGCAUUUUGCUUCGCGAGCCCAGCAAGGCAGCGCUGUGCCUUUUUAUCCGCAACCAGUUUGUGCCCAACGACGACUCGGGUCGCUUCUUCAUGGACGUGCUCGACGUCUGUGGGUGGCUCCCGACCCACGACUCGGUCUCGGUCGCAACUGCCGUCCUCGCGAUGCUGCGACGCUGCCACAAGCACCUCGAGCACAGCGUCAUGAUGCUUGUCGCCCUUACCCAAGUCCCAGUGCACGGUCUCGUAGCUCACGCCGAGUGCAUCCAAGCCGCGUACAACACGUGUGUUGACGUUUUGGCGCGACACGUCGAGACGCCACAGCUCAAGGAAUCGAGCAAGUUCCUCGCCUCAUUCUUGUACCUGGAGCAGUCGGUGCACGCGUCACGAUCAGAGACGGAAGACUCGUGGUUCGAUCGCGGCUUGCCCCCUGCCGAGCCCACGAUCAUCGAGUCCUUUGAAGCCCGCCCGGCAGGUCUCGUCGACAUCCUCUUGGCCAAGCCGGCGUUGUUCGCAGCGCACGUGCUCGCGCCGGCGCUGGCGAUGCUCAAUUUUGUGCCGACCAACAUAGACCAAGCGGUUCGUAUGAUGGAACUCGACCUGCAUGGGACGCUACGUCACGUGUCGAGCCACACGGCGGCGUCCUUUCUGCGUGCGCUGGACAUCGCUGGACGUCUCGAUACAACCGCGUCCUAUCUCUGGGCCGAUCUCGGUGUUGUCGCCAUCCCGGUCUUUGCGAUACUUCUUGCUCAAGGAGGUCCCAUCAAGAACGCGGACGCAAUGGCUGCCAUGCUGCGCACCACUGCCGGGUGUUGCAUCGUCCAGAUCCCGCACCUCGACCAAGUGCUCGGCGAGAUGGCAGCCAUGUGGCCUAACGUCCACGACCUAUUCCCUCGUUUCGCGCAUGCGGCGUACGAUGUUGCACUACUGCAGCAGCACCUUCUUGAAGAGGCCACGAUAGUUUUUGACUCGAGCGGCGUAGUGGAUGGCCACAUUUUUGCUAGCUGUGUGCAUAGCUUCUUGACGACAAGCCCCGUGGCCUUCCCGCACCUCUCCUGCAUCACUCAGCUGGCUCGCGCACUUACCGACCAUGGUGUUUUCCAUGCGGGCCGUGCGAUCGCAGGCGCUGCGCUCACGACGGUCCACGCCGAGAUGGCCAACUGGACGUGCUUUCUCGAGUGCUCGUGCGCCCCCUGCACCGGCUUGCGCGUCUUCUUGAACGACGCGCGCGAAGGAGUUUUUGACAUUGACGACAUGGACGCCCGCCACGUCCGCACGUCUCUCACGCUUUUGUCGAGCAUUCACAUUGUGCCACACCACGUGCUUCGCGUCCACAAGCUCGUUUUUUUUCCCUACACUGACCUGGCCAUCGCGACGCUCCGUCAACUCCGUGCAAGCGCCUCGGACUUGAAGGACAUGGUCGUCGGAGGCCAUUUUGCGCAAGCGGAUUUUUAGUCUUUGGAGCCGCAGAUAAUGCAAGUUGUGUUGCAUGAU